AUGUCACAACCACAGAGAUACUCUAGCGUACCUGGAUUCGGCUCACAAGGGGGAUACAAGGAUUAUCCAGAGAGUGGAACAGUAAGGAGGAAUUCUGGUUUUGAUUUCGAUAAUCUUGUCGACGAUAGAUAUCAUACCCCCCAAUUCCUUGCAAACCCUUCGCUAUCAAAUACCUCAUCGACAUAUAAAGAUCUUUCAUCUCAUCCACAUCGAUCUCGAUCGUCUUUCGGAUCAGGUGCAGCUUUGGGUACAGCAGCCGGUGCAGGAACAGGAAUAGGAUCAACGAUGCCAUUGAUGAGUGAGACCUCAAGACCUUUUGCAGCUGAUUAUGCAAGACAAAAUAUACCUUCAGAAGAAUAUUAUCCGAUGACAGACACGAUCGCCAAUCAGAAUGGUGGAUUCACAGCGACGACACCACCUAGAUCAAAUAAGAAGAAAUGGCUCAUAAUAGGUGGUAUAGUAUUGGGUAUAAUAGCUUUGAUAGGUAUCAUAGUCGGAGUAGUAGUCAGUCAAGUGAAUAAGAAUAACAAUUCAUCCAGUGGAACUUCGAGUGUCAAUGGAUCAGAUGGAUCAACUUUGAAAAAUUCAAAUGAUCCAAGUGAUUUUGAUAAAGAUGAUAAUUUACAUCAAUCGUUCUGGGGUUUCGCAUAUACUCCUCAAAACGCUCAACCGCCUUGGUGCGGAGCAAGUCAGUCGAACGUCACCAGAGAUAUUCAACUCUUAUCACAAGUAACUACUAGACUGAGAUUAUACGGAGCAAAUUGUAAUCAAUCUGCUUUAGUCUUACAAGCUAUUCAAGAUACAAAAGUGAAUAUGACUGUAUGGUUGGGAAUAUAUGUCGAUUCGAACGAGACUGCAUAUACCAGUCAAGUGUCUGCUGUAUCUGAUGCCUUGAAGACAUACGGCACAGAUCAUGUAUCAGGAGUCACAGUGGGAAACGAGUAUAUUCUGAACACCGCAGGAACAGAUUCUUUGACAUCCUCAGUCUACUUGGCAGCGGUGAAAACUAUCGCUGAUAAGAUAACGGAAGUCAAUACUACCGUCCAAGCAUUAGGAUUGAGCAAAGCCUUACCUAUUGGUACAAGUGAUGCUGGAAGUGUCAUGAGUGAAACUUUGGGCGAAGGCAUCGAUUACUUCAUGGCCAAUGUCCAUCCAUGGUUUGGUUCAGUUGCCAUCGAUGAUGCUGCCUCAUGGACCGAUCAAUUCUUCCAGGAAUUCGACGUGGAACCGGCUGCGUUAGCAAGUAAUAAGCCAGACGUCUACAUUGCGGAAACAGGCUGGCCAACAGCUUCCAUGAAUGCCAGUGAGGCAAAUGAUGGUGCUGGAAGUCCACAAGGUGAUGCUAGUGUAGCGAAUCUACAGACUUUCUUGGAUACAUUCGUCUGCCAAGCAAAUACCAAUGGGACACAAUAUUUCUACUUCGAAGCCUUCGAUGAACCUUGGAAAGCUCAAUACGGAGGAGUUGAACCUUAUUGGGGAUUAUGGGAUUCAGAUAGGAAUCUGAAGAAUGUUACUAUUCCAACAUGUUCAUGA